GCGGUUUCCUAGACUACGACACCGGAAAGCUGGGGGAAGUGCUCCCGGCCUUUGAGGGCGGAGGGCGGUGGCAGCGCUGGCGCUGGGGACCGGCUCGGUGGCUUCGGGAAAUAGUUUGGCGCCGGCGGCUGUCCGCGUUACCCCACGUCCCGCCCUCGGCACGGCCAGCAGCCCCCCCGCCACCGGCGUCCGGCAAUGUGGCCCACCGACCGGGCGUAGCGGCUGCGCGUGCGCGGAACCGGGGGGCCAUGAGCGAAACCGGCGGCUGCCGGGGCUGUGGGUCCCCGGUCCCCCAGCGAACGUCAUGGAGCCUGGUGGCGGCGACGACGGCGCUCUGCCUGGUGUCGGCCACGUCCGUGUGGACGGCGGGGGCCGAGCCCAUGAGUAGGGAGGAGAAACAGAAGCUUGGGAAUCAAGUACUGGAAAUGUUUGAUCAUGCUUAUGGUAACUAUAUGGAACAUGCUUACCCAGCUGAUGAACUCAUGCCUUUAACCUGUAGAGGUCGAGUUAGAGGCCAGGAGCCCAGUCGGGGUGAUGUUGACGAUGCCUUGGGAAAAUUUUCCCUAACGCUGAUUGAUUCUUUGGACACUCUUGUGGUGUUAAAUAAAACUAAAGAAUUUGAAGAUGCGGUGAGAAAAGUUUUAAGAGAUGUUAAUUUAGAUAACGAUGUAGUUGUAUCUGUCUUUGAAACAAACAUCAGAGUUCUUGGGGGUCUUCUGGGUGGACACUCCCUGGCAAUCAUGCUGAAAGAAAAAGGUGAAUACAUGCAGUGGUACAAUGAUGAACUUCUUCAAAUGGCAAAGCAAUUAGGUUACAAACUUUUACCAGCUUUCAACACUACCAGUGGCCUUCCUUACCCAAGAAUUAAUUUAAAGUUUGGCAUCAGAAAACCGGAAGCUCGGACAGGAACUGAGACAGAUACCUGUACAGCUUGUGCAGGUACCUUGAUCCUUGAGUUUGCAGCUUUAAGUCGAUUCACAGGAGCAACAAUAUUUGAGGAAUAUGCAAGAAAAGCUCUUGAUUUUCUCUGGGAAAAAAGACAACGAAGUAGUAAUUUAGUGGGUGUGACUAUAAAUAUUCAUACUGGAGACUGGGUACGAAAAGAUAGUGGAGUUGGAGCAGGGAUUGAUUCAUAUUAUGAAUAUCUAUUGAAAGCCUAUGUCUUGCUUGGAGAUGACAGUUUUCUGGAAAGAUUUAAUACACACUACGAUGCCAUAAUGAGGUACAUUAGCCAGCCACCUCUUCUCCUUGAUGUGCAUAUCCACAAACCAAUGCUGAAUGCUCGGACUUGGAUGGAUGCUUUGCUUGCCUUUUUUCCAGGUUUGCAGGUUUUAAAGGGAGAUAUUAGACCUGCUAUUGAAACUCAUGAGAUGUUAUAUCAGGUGAUUAAAAAGCACAAUUUUCUACCAGAGGCAUUUACUACAGAUUUCAGGGUACAUUGGGCUCAACAUCCUUUAAGGCCAGAAUUUGCAGAAAGUACCUACUUCCUGUAUAAAGCUACAGGAGAUCCUUACUACCUUGAAGUAGGGAAAACACUUAUUGAAAAUUUAAAUAAAUAUGCUAGAGUGCCUUGCGGAUUUGCUGCCAUGAAGGAUGUUCGUACUGGAAGUCAUGAGGACAGAAUGGAUUCUUUCUUCUUGGCUGAGAUGUUUAAAUAUCUUUACCUAUUAUUUGCUGAUAAAGAAGACAUUAUUUUUGACAUAGAAGAUUAUAUCUUUACAACAGAAGCUCAUCUGUUACCUCUUUGGCUCUCUACUACAAAUCAAAACAUCUCUAAGAAGAAUACAACCUCAGAAUAUACAGAACUGGAUGACAGUAAUUUUGAUUGGACUUGUCCAAAUACUCAGAUUCUCUUCCCUAAUGACCCAUUGUAUGCCCAGAGCAUUCGUGAACCCUUGAAAAAUGUGGUGGAUAAGAGCUGUCCUAGAGGCCUCAUCAGAGUAGAGGAGAGUUUCAGGAGUGGAGCUAAACCCCCUCUGAGAGCCAGAGAUUUCAUGGCCACUAACCCUGAGCAUUUAGAAAUCCUGAAGAAGAUGGGGGUGAGUUUGAUUCACCUCAAAGAUGGGCGAGUCCAGUUGGUCCAACAUGCAAUCCAAGCUGCUAGUUCAAUUGAUGCUGAAGAUGGGUUGAGGUUCAUGCAGGAGAUGAUUGAAUUGUCAAGUCAGCAACAAAAAGAACAGCAGCUACCUCCACGAGCUGUACAAAUUGUUUCCCACCCAUUUUUUGGCAGGGUAGUAUUGACUGCUGGACCAGCUCAGUUUGGGCCGGAUCUGUCUAAACAUAAAGAGACAAGAGGAUUUGUUGCAAGCAGUCAACCAUACAAUGGUUGUUCAGAGCUUACUAACCCUGAGGCAGUGGUGGGAAAAAUUGCUCUGAUACAAAGAGGACAGUGCAUGUUUGCAGAAAAGGCACGCAACAUCCAGAACGCCGGAGCCAUUGGUGGCAUUGUCAUUGAUGACAAUGAGGGGAGCAGCAGUGAUACUGCCCCUCUGUUCCAGAUGGCAGGUGACGGGAAGGAGACAGAUGACAUCAAGAUCCCCAUGCUGUUCUUAUUCAGCAAAGAAGGAAGCAUCAUACUGGAUGCCAUCCGGGAAUAUGAGGAGGUAGAAGUGCUCCUUUCUGAUAAAGCAAAAGAUCGAGACUCAGAAAUGGAAAAUGAAGACCAACCAUCCUCUGAAAGUGAUUCUCAGAAUCAGAGUCCUGAACAGAUGACGUCAGGUUCUCAUGAGGUGGAUUUGGUGGAUCAAGAGUCUUCUGAGGAAAGUUCUCUAAACUCUCACCCAGAAUCAUUAUUUCCAGCAGACACGGACAAUGCUGCAAGCCCUUCCCCUUCUGAACAGACUUCUAAUCCCACAGAAUACCCCGAGACUACAAGUCUUGAUGGUGAAUGUACAGAUUUAGAUAACCAACUUCAAGAACAAUCAGACACUGAGGAAGAUUCCAAUCCUAAUGUUAGCUGGGGUAAAAAGGGCCAGCCUAUAGACUCCAUAUUAGCAGACUGGAAUGAAGAUAUAGAAGCAUUUGAAAUGAUGGAGAAGGAUGAGCUGUGACCCACUAAAGAAUCUGGUGGUAGGUAUUUAAAAAGAAAAGGUAAACUGUGGUUAACAGACACCCUAAUACUAAGCAGGCUCUCUAAUGGGAGGCUUUAAGUAUGGUGAUGAACAACCACGUUCUGACUGGCAUAGUUAGUUGUUAUAGGAAUCUGGAACGUGCUGUGUUAAAAUUGACCUUGUUUAAAAGUGUCCCAUCAAAAAUGGAAAUUCACAAUUCGCCCCUCAAAUGACAGCAUUACACCACCCUGCAACCCCUCAGGCCAGGGAAAGAUUCCUGGGCAUUCUUGGGAACCAGGUUUCUACAUUCUCUGGAUAGACAAAAAACAAAUUCAGUUAAUAGUGGAGUGUGGGGAAUAGGAGUUUGGAUAACUUUCUAAUUAAAGGAAGUUCAGCUGUCUUGGUUUUGGAGUAGAGGCUCUUUUGGGAAGACACAUAUGAGUAUUGUAGCGUUCUGGUUAAGCUGCCUUCGUGAAAACACUCUUAGUGGCCUAAGUGGUGACGCAAAUACGUUCACGGUGAAGACAGUCUUUGCACAUCACUUGUUUCAUUUUGUGACAAAUGAUCAAGAUUAACUUGAUAUUUUUUUCCUUCUUGACAAUGUCCUUUUCAUUUAAACCAAAGGUGAAGCCAGUGUACUUUCUCAAUGAGUUCUGUGCAUAAAGACUAAUCAGUGGGACCAGGUAAAAAGGUCAUAUAAUAUAUUGUGGAAAUUGGUUACUUAAUACUUUGAAAAAUGGAGCAAUGGAGAAACUAUAAUGUUGCAAUAUGAACUUCCCAUUGGGCCUUCCAUAGGGAAAGCUAUGACUACUCUGAAAUGGAGCUAGCAUUAUAUCCCUGUAGGGUAGAUUAUAAAUCUUUUCCAGUUCAUUUCACUUAGAGGUGGUUACCUCUAGCCAUCAGCCUUACUCCAUCCCAUGUUUGGUAUGCAAUUUGAGCCACAAGGCCCAUAUCGCCAACAGCUGCAUACAUUUUUCUUCCAUUUUUCUAUCUUACAGAGCCAUGAUAUAACUGUGGUAGUGAUCUAAAAUUCCUGGGGUAACUACUGUCUUUUUUCCUUUGAAACUUUGCUUUCUAAAGUUGCGCUAAGGAGUCUGUCACAUUUUCUGUUGAAUCACGGUUUUUAGGGUUUUUUUUUAAAAACAAAUAUUCCUUCUGAUAUGGACUUGAAAAUUAGUCUAUGGUGACCUGUGUAAAAAAUGUACAUAGUAGCAACUACAUAUAGCCAUACAGCUUAUUAAUGAAAAAUUUUUUCCUAUUCUUUUUUUUUUUUUUUUUGGUUUUUGGUGGCAGUCUGGAGCUGGCCACAUUUAAGUUUUAAAAAUUUUGUUGUUGAUAUCUGUAGACAGCCCUGUAGUUGAAAUCAUGGCUUUACUCAUUUUAUUUAUUUUUAAAAGUUACCUGAAUCAGUUCUAAAGGCAUAUUUGAGAGACUUAAUUUCCUUUCUCUUUACCAUGACAUUACAUAAUAACCUUUUCCUAAAACACAGUUUUGAGAUACUGGUGAACUUAAACUAUAAACGGAGCUGUUGAAGAACAGCAGUGCUGUGUUGUAGUUAUGUAUAUUCAUGUACAGUAUGUCUUAGAUCCCAGGUAGACAUAUUCUCUCAUAAAGGGAUAAAUACCUGCUUUCAGAAAUUCCAGCUAAACAUAAUUGGGUCAGUGAGUAAUAAAUCUAAUAGAGAACUCAGUUUGGGGAGGGGAAAAAAAGAGUAGUAUACAAGACCUUUCUUCAUUGGCUCUUAAUUAAGCCUGAAACCAAAAUGGAUAUUUUUAGUCUCUGUGCAUGUGAAAUUUGGUGUAAGAUGAUAGAACUAUAAUACGUACUGUAUACAGAAGGGUAGACAUAGUGUUUUGUUCAUCUUAAUUGCAAAGCUGCCAAAAUAGCUAAAGCUUAAUUACUUGACUUGCCUUGAUUUAUAGGACUGGGGCUUGGAGAAAAGGAGCAGAUGUUCCUCUAAGACUUUGAUUAUAGAAGCCUUAUAUACAUUGAUUUGGUUUUGCAUUUGUAGUUCAAAGCCAUUGUUGUCCAAAUCCAACUUUUCUAAGUUGUGAAAGCAACCUAAUUUAUUUUCCAACAAGGAGAACUUGAUGGCAUGAAGGAUUGUGUGACACUAGGAAAAGCCAGCCUACUGCCAAGCUCCCUUCCUUUGACCGCUAGGGGGAGCUGUUGCCUUUCAUUGGUGGUUAGAAGUAAAUUGUUCACUUGUUUAGAGAACUAAAUCCUUUAAAAAAAAAAAAAAGAAAAGAAAAAAAUUUAACCAACUAUACUUAACAAUUGAAGGAAUACCCAGCAUUAAUACCCAAAAAGAAUUAUACUCAAUUUUCCCCUAGUUAAAAGAGGAUAUAAUGUUCAGCUUCCAAACUCCAACAUUGUAAUUGACUCUACAUUCGUUUACUUAUUUGACACACUGCCACAAAGUUGUUUUUGCAGUUCAUUAAAAAACCCCGACAGCAUUAGUCUUGUUUUGUUUUGUUUUGUUUUAUGUUUUGUAUUUUAAAUACCUUUUAUAGACAUUUUAUUUACUUGCUAAAGGUUCAGGGGCUUCCAUGAGGCCCUGAAUUAGAAACAUCUGGUCUACCUCAGUUAACUGUUGACUGCUUGGAAAUAGAGCUGGAGUGAUCACCACAGCCAUAAAAUUGUUUGACUAAGAAAGAUUUAUACAAUGUUUACAAACCCGGAAUCAAGUAAGGAUUUCAUUUGAAAGUUAAAAGUUAGAUAUUAGACAAGUAUUUAAUUCAGGUAUUUGCGAGUUUUAAAACUUGUUUACCUACUAAAAAUGAAAUAGCGAUAGUUUUUUCUGCUUAUAAAAGUCCAUUGAAAUUAUAUGCCCUAAUUUGCAGUACUUUUCCCAUAAAGUUUUAAGUGUGAAAGAUUUAUAAUUUACUAGGUAUGUUUGGGAUGGGAUAUUUUGUUGGGUAGGUUUUCUUUUUUCUUAACCUAUAAGAGGCUUCCAAAAAGAGUAUAACUGUUUCAGAAUAAAUUAUUUUUUGGCAUUAUACUUUUCCCUUUUUCUUUACAGUAUUAGAGAGUAAAAUGAAAAAUUGUGCACUCUGAUUUUAACUUCACUAGUAUAAUUAUUCUCGCAAGAAGUUUUUUAAAUUUAAAUUACCACCACACAACCUUUUUUUAUAGUAAAGCCAGCAUUUGUUCUCUCAGCAAAUUCUCCCAUGCCAAAUUCAUCAUAAAGAAAGCUCAGCAUAAGUAAUUCAAACAGUGCUUAUAAUUUGGGGAGGGGUGUAGAAUUUAGUAAAUAUUCCAACCGGUCGUUUUAUGCACAAGGCUUCAGUCAGAACAUAGAAAAAAAAACAUUCUGUGAAUGAAAUAUUGUAUGUUCAGAUUUUAUAAAAGACAUUUUUAAAAGCCCAAUUUACAGCCGUAUAUUUUCUUAUGAUGUAAUUUAUGAAAAAGAUGUCUGUACUAACAGGUGCUGUAACACUACUGUUGUUGGAUUUUAUUGUUUGGUGAUAAAUGUAUACAAUAUUUCUAAGGGAAACUAUGUACUGUGAUGUAAAAGUCUGGGCAAAAUGUAUAUAAUCCUGUAUAUAAUUGUGUAUUUGAUUAUAAUUACUGAUUGUAAAGAUUUAAUAAAAUAUGUAAAUAUUCUGGUCUAGUUUUAAUUUGAA